CCUAACGAAGAGGCAGCCUAAAUGGCUAUGAAGCUGCAAAAAUGGCGAAGUCUAUCUCCCUCUCUAUACAUGAUAAAUCGAAGCUGCGUCGUUUUCAAUCAACGUCUAUUACACGAUGGCCCAGACACCUUAGAAGAACUAUUAGACAGACAUUUAGUGAAGAAAGAGAAAUCAUUUGACGAGGAAGAAGAAGAGAUUCUGAAUCAGCGGCGAUUAACCAGCACGCGGCGUGAAGCGCUGCAUUUAUACCGAGACAUCUUGAGGGCCACCCGGUACUUUAUGUGGCCCGAUUCGCGAGGAGUGUUGUGGAGAGAUGUAUUGAGGGAGAAUGCGAGGAAGGAAUUUGAAGAGGCCCGGUUUGAAAAAGACCCGGAAAUUGUGACCCGGUUGCUCAUUGGCGGCAGAGAGGCUGUGGAAUCGGCGAUUGAUAAACUUGUUGAGAAGCAGAGAGAGCAAAUUGAGAAAGAACGUCGCGGCGGCGGAGGGAAUCGUUGAUUAGUCGAUGAGGGUUUUCUGUAAGAGAGUUUAAACGAGAUCAUCUAAGCAUUCUCUACUAGUUAAUUAUUGCUCCCAUUUGCGAUUUUCGAUAGCCUGAAGGGAUGAGAAACUGGAAUUCUUUGCUGGGAUGAAGAGUCUGCUGCCAGAAAAAAGAAAAUGAUCACUGUAUGAACAGACAGGAUAGUUGGAUCAUGGAUGGUUGUUGUAUGUGCACUUGACGGUGCAAGGAUGACAGGCAAUGAUGCCUCCCAGGGCUUGAAGGAAAGAUUGAUUCAUAUGCACUAGAGAAAGGGGAAAACUGAUCCUGCACCAAAACCUUUUCGUCAAUUCAUUCCACGAAGAAAUAGGAACCUAUCCUUGCAAGCACCAGCAGUUUUGGAAUUAUGUCUGCGGCCAGCUGUUGAACUCGCGACAUGAUCAUUACUCUCUAAUUCUAUGUAAAAUAAUUAUUUCAAGUUUAAAUUAUCAUGUGAGUUGUGAAAGUACAAGGAAGAUUUAUAUUAUUCUUUAAAAA